GUGGAAUCAUCCUUUUUGCAGCGCCCACGUACACUGCACCCACCCUGUCGUUUGGCUGCAAUGUCCACUGCCGAAACACUGGCGACCGGCGACGCUCCCGGCGACCCCGCGUCCAGUCGCCUCGAGGCAGCGCCCGAUUGCGUGAGCGUCGACCUACAUACCUCCCACGCAUUGGUUCCCCCCAAGCACCAACCAAGCAACACAAGAAACGCUGAGUAUGGCUCGCUGCGCGUCUUUCUCCGGCUCGUUCAAGUGUCACCGCCAAUGCGACUCCAGCUACUCCUCGAUGCCGCCAAAGACCUCGCGUCGACGCACGACCAAGGUUUGUUUCACGGUGACGUGUCAUGUGCAACGAUUGGUGUCUGCGAUGCGAUCGGUGGCGGCUAUAAGGCCAGCCUGAGUGCCCCCCGUGACCUCCAGAUCGAGGACAAGAUGCGUCUGGCCGAUGCGCAGACCGCCGAUCUGUGUGCGUUUGGCAGUUGUCUGAUCGAAGCCUUCCGUGGUUUGGUCGACGCGAAAAUGGAUCUCAGUGACCGCAGGCCCGAGACGAUGCCCGUGGAUCUCUGGACGCUGGCCAAUGGCUUGACUUGUCCGCCACUCUCAGAGCGAAAAUCGAUCGCCAAUGUCAUCGUCACACUCGAUGCAAUGGUCCAGCAGACCCAAACACGAACGACGUACAUCUUGGACGACGUCAGCACUGGGAAGGACAGUGCUGCGCCAAGACGACAGCGUCGCAAGAGGCUCUAUGGCCUUGGGCUAUUGGUCGCUGCUCUUAUUUGCAUCAUUGGACUCUGCGUUGCGUUCAUCCCGUCGUCGAACGAAGCGACAUCAACCUCGAACGCGCCGGCGCCCACGACGUCGACUGUGACGACACCCACGCCGACGCCUGCGUCGACACCGCCACCGGUCGCCAACCGAUCGUACACCGUGUCAACGUUUGUAGGCAAUGGCGUCAUCACCAAUUUUACUUCGCUAGCGAGCCUCACUGGCGACGCAUAUUCACUGUUCGUCGCCGACAGUUCAAGUUCCAUCAUGCGCAUCGAUCUCGCCAGCAAUAAACUGACGCCGUUGGCAGGCUCGGCAAGCUCGACGGGGUUUCUCAACGGCGUCAACGCAAGCGCACGCUUUUCGUACAUUGGCGGCCUCGCGCACGCUUCCGACGGAACGCUGCUCGUGGCCGACGCUGGUAACAACGCUGUGCGCACGGUGGACCCGAACGGUGUCGUCGCCACCUUGGCUGGUACCGGUGCCACGGGCAGUGCUGACGGUAGCGCUAGUGCCGCCACGUUUUAUGGACCAAUGGGCAUUGCCGUUGGCACCAACCGUGUUCUUGUCGCCGACGCGUACAACGCCAAAGUGCGGUCGAUCAGCGCCGGCACUGUCUCAACGUUCUCGGGGCCCGGCGCCGUUGGUUUAGCAUCGAUACCAACCUACAAUUACCCGCUUGGGGUUGCACAGGCGCCGUCGGGUGUUGUGUAUGUCACGGACGGCAACCUCGUACGCAAGAUUGGUCUCGACGGCAGCGUCACCGACAUUGGCAGUGGCACGGCGGGCCACGCCGACGGCCACGGUGCGAGCGCCGCCUUCAACGAACCCAAUGGUAUUGUGGCCGACUCCGAUGGCAUUGUGUACGUGGUCGACGGCCUCAACCAUUGUAUCCGCGCGAUCGAUACCGAUGAUAACGUCAUCACGAUCGCGGGGACGCCCGGCGUCUCCGGUGACGUCAACGGCGCGGGCAACUCCGCCACGUUCAACUAUCCCACGUACAUUUAUGUCGAUGCAUCCGGCGCUCUCUACGUCACGGACUCCGUCAGCUUGAGCGUGCGACGGCUCGUGUAUACCUAAAUAUUCACAACGUUGCGUCUCCAUAGCGAACGCUCAAUAAUGUUGUCGUGGCAGUGGAUACGGGUACCGACCAGGUACAGUAUACGACAUUUUCUGCCCGUGUACCUACCGAUGUUUUUCCCACGGCUGGUCGCGCUGACGGCAACGGUGCGAGCGCCACGUUCGACAGCCCCUCCGACCUCGC